AUGCCUUCUACGGAUUCUUUAUCGGACCCCGAAGAGUAUCAAAAGAUAUUCCACUGGGCCGAGACCCAAAAGGAUGGAACUAUCCCUUCCUUCAACACAAGGUGUAACGAUCCCUAUGAGUACCAAUCUGGCUUUGGCAACGCCUUUACAUCUGAAGCAAUCCCUGGAACGAUCCCCCACGGCCAAAACAACCCUCGCAAUGUGAGGUUUGGUCUUUACGCCGAACAGAUUACAGCUACUGCUUUUGUCGCUCCACGACACUGCAAUAGAAAGGCGUGGCUAUACCGUGUCCGCCCCGCUGUCGCCCAUCAGGGCUUUACAGCGCUUCCAGAUAAUAGAGACACCGAGGCAAAUUUCCUACCGUUGAACCCGCGCAUCCAUGUAUCCCCAACCCAGCUAGCAUGGCACCCCUUUGAUAUUCCCAAAACCGAAGCAGUCGACUUUGUUUCAGGAUUGAAGACGGUUGCCGGCUCGGGUGACCCCACGCUGCGUGAAGGUUUGGCCACACAUGUCUAUGUCGCCAACACAAGCAUGGAGCAGAAGGCAUUUGUCAACUCCGAUGGUGAAUUCCUUAUUGUUCCACAGCAGGGAGCACUUGACAUUCAAACUGAAUUUGGUCCUAUCUUUGUGCAGCCAGGUGAGAUAGUUAUUAUCCAGAGGGGGAUCCGCUUUAGGGUCAAUCUUCCGGACGGGCCCUCCCGUGGGUACAUCCUCGAGGUCUGGGGCACGCAAUUUGAGCUCCCGGAGCUGGGACCCCUUGGUGCUAAUGGUCUUGCAAAUGGGAGAGACUUUUUAAGCCCUACCUCUCGAUAUGAGGUAACUCAGGAGCCUUGGGAAAUCAUUUACAAGCUGGGAGGCAAGUUCUUCAGGAGUACUCAGAACCACAGCCCAUUUGAUGUCGUUGCCUGGCACGGAAACUAUGUCCCUUAUAAAUAUGACUUGACCAAGUUCGUCAAUGUCGGCUCCAUCUCUGUAGAUCAUAUCGACCCUUCUAUUUUCUGUGUCUUGACAGCCAAGUCUCGCGACCUUACUGCGCCUCUGGCUGAUUUCCUCACUUUCUCUCCUCGGUGGGACGUCGCCUCACAUACAUAUCGGCCUCCAUAUUACCACCGCAAUGCCGCAUCCGAACUGAUGGGUCUUAUCUACGGCGGUUACGGCGGCCGUUCAGACGAAUUUAAGCCUGGCAGUGUGUCUUUUGAAUGUAGCAUGGUCCCGCAUGGCGUUGCCUACGAAGAGUUCAAGGAGGCCACCGAAAAUGCACCACCAGCGAUGCAGAUAUCCAAAGCGUCGAUUGCAUUCAUGUUCGAAUCUUGCCGUCCAUUCACAAUUACCGAUUAUGCAUGGCACAGCCCCAAGAAACAUGAGCAUGAACCUAAGAUGUGGGAUAGCUUAGUGGACAAUUUCUCGAAGCACGCCAAGGAGGUUGAUGAGAUUUUGACCAAGGCGAAGAAUGCGAAGAAUCACUCUCUUUCCUAG